AUGACCGCCACGCACGCGUGCGGCCGCCAGGCGCCCGGCACGGCCCUCGGGCGCCGCAACACUGCCCGCAGGAGAGCCUCACUGGCUCCCCCCGGGCGCUUCCUGGCGGCUCCGACGCGCAGACGCGCGGCGCACAACGUCGUCGUGCACAACGGCCCUCCGAACAACGUGUCGGCGGGGUGGGUCACCGCGGCGGGUGCGGAGGCGGCGCCGGGGCCCUCUGCGGGCGAGCUAGCAGCGCGGGUAUCUGUAGCGCGGUCCACGGGGAAGCUCGACCUGAGCGAGCUGGGGCUGACCCACGUCCCGGAGGAGGUCCUCGAGAUCAAGGGUCUCGAAGAUCUGUCGCUCGCAGGCAACAGGAUCACAAGGCUGCCGGAUGAGCUGUGCACGCUGACCUCCCUGCGCCGCCUCGGCCUCGCUGGCAACAGCCUCACGGCGCUCCCGGACGACAUCGGCGCGCUCGCGCAGCUCGAGGGCCUCUGGGUCCACGGCAACCAGCUCGAGGCCCUCCCUGACUCAAUUGGCAACCUGACGCAGCUCGACACCCUCAACGCCGCCGGGAACCGCCUGACCGUCCUCCCGGCCUCCGUCGGCAACCUCCGCGCCCUCGACGCCCUCGGCCUCGCCGGCAACCGCCUGACGGCGCUCCCGGAGUCGAUCGGGGGGCUCACGCACCUGUCGGCGUUGCAGGCGCACGGCAACGCGAUGUCGACGCUCCCGGCGUCCAUCGGCGACCUGAAGCGCCUCCGCACGCUGUCGCUUCAGGGGAACGCGCUCACGGAGCUCCCGGAGACCGUCGCGGGCCUCACGGCGCUACAGAUGUUGAACGUCGCCGACAACUCGCUGCGAGCGCUGCCGGCGGGGAUCGCGCGGCUGCCGGCCCUCGCGGCGCUCGUCGCGUACGGGAACUGCCUGGUCGACCUGCCCGCGGGGCUCGCGGACGCGCCGGCGCUGGUGCAGGCGUGGCUGGAGGGGAACCCGCUGUCAGGGGGGGGGGUGUUGGGCCUCCUGGACGGGCUGCGGGCGGCGGCGGAGCGCGGGGGCGGCAGGGUGCGGCGCGUGGGGCUGGACGAGGAGCAGCUGGCGGCCGCGGGGGCGCCGGGGCCGCUGCCGGCGCAGGUGCAGGUGUCGACGUCGUUCGCGGGAAACGCCCCCGGGUACUUCAAGAGGGUCCGGGGGGGUGUUGAGGGGGAGCGCGGGGCUGUGCUGGUCGUGGCGUUCGGGAGCGCGCCGGGGGAGCCGAACUGGGGCGGCCUGCUCAAGCGCGUGCGCGCCGGGAUGGAGGCGUCCAGCAGCCCGGUCGCGGACUUCGACACGCUCUUCGUCGUGGACUCGCAGCGGUCGUGGUACGGCGGCCUCGACGGCGGCUGGAAGUCCUACCGCUCGCGCCUGGCGCAGGCCGCCGCAGGGUACGACGCCGUUGUCCUCCUGGGGGACUCCAUGGGGGCGUCCGCGUGCCUCAUGUUCGCCGGGCUCGCGUCCCGCGCCGUGGCGUUCUGCCCGCAGGUCGACCUCGCUGAGUCGGCGAUCCGCCCGGGCUCCAGCCCCGAGACGUGGGCGGCGCUGCGGGACGUGAUCGCGGAGGGACUGAGCGAGGCCCCCGCGCUGGGGGCGGGCAAGGACGAGCGGCCGGGGAGCGGCGGCGACGGGGAGGGGUCUGUGGUGAUCGACGCUGCAAGUCGGCGCGUGAUGGUGCACACGGGGACGUGGGCGCACGACCUGAACCAGGGCAGGAUGGUGGAGAGGUUCCCGGGGGUGUGUUUGAAGGUCCACGGGGUGGACUCGCACCGUCUAGCGUUCUUCCUCGAUAAGCAGGGCGACCUGGCGCCCAUCGUGCAGGCCGCGGUGGAGGGCGCGGCGGGCCUCCGGGACGGGCCCGUGCGCAUCGCGAACCUCCUGUGA